AUGCCUGAUACAUUCACGCCUUCAUCAAAGCUCGAUCGCGCCAGUUUGGCCCCAGGAGAAUUCAUUACAACUGUAACGACUGUAACUUCCUUGUGGGCAUUUUUUAUCGGUUCAAUUGACGGGGCCAAACGUGCAAGUCUUCAAUACCUUGCCGAACAUGCACACGUGCUCCCGAAAACAAAACAAGGAUGGUAUCUGUAUCAUAAACGAAAAAACUACGCUGUAAUACUCAAUUCAGGAAAGAUCGGCUUGCAAUACGUGAAACGAUUUGGAGGAUUAACUCUGGUAUUUACGGGAACGCAAGCAACGCUAGAUAAAGCGCGUGGAGAAGCAGACGUGAUUAAUUCUGUCGUAGCUGGCGCUGGAACAGGGCUGGCUAAUUCAUUUUUGUGUAAGGAUCGAAAGUACGAUACGUUGCAUACGUGUAUGAUAGGUGGUGCAGUUGGACUUUUCGCUGGCGGAAUGCAAGACAUGAUAAAUAUCUACCAAAGAAAACCAGUUUGGUAUUGGAGACAAGGUUCAAAUAUUAACUCUGUGGAUGGGAACAGCGUGGUGAAAGCCUAA